AUGAAUCUUCUCACAGUAUCCCUCUUCGCUCUGUGUGCUCAACUCAUCGAUGCUUCAUUGGGAAACCCUGCCAGAAAGCAAAAAUUCAGCACUGAAAAAUGUCUCCUCGAGAUCAACAAAUUCAGAAAUGUCAUGGCAAAAAAGGGCAACUUGGCUAAUAUGCAUGAGAUUGAAUACGACACAUCCUUGGAACGGACAUUUCCGACCUGCCAAGAAGCUAUAUCGGCAUAUAUAAAGGACAAUCGUAUUCACUUUUUUGAAUCCGACACAUGUACGGGAGGCCCAAAUGACGAUAAGACUAUUAGCAACUUUGCAAACGAAAUUCUGACGGACAAAUCCAAUAAAUAUUUGCGUCGAGUUCUCCACCCCUCCCACAUGACCAUGGGAUGCACUCUCUUUAAGGAACCAUGCAUGCUCCCUUAUGAUGAUAGCAACAGUCCAAAGGCUAUUGGAUCGUGUGUUUAUGGAGGAUCAGAGAAUGUGGAGCCGAUGACUGGAUUGGCAAAAGGAGAAGCUGCAUCGAAAUGCUCGGGUGGAAAAUCCAAUAUGUGGGAGAAUUUGUGUAAACCGACUUCGACAUCAUCGGUUCAGUCUACAAUGUUUCAUUUUGCCUUUCUUCUGUCUUUCGUGAUCUUCAUGUUUUUUUAA